AUGAGUCCGAAAAAGGAAAUUAGGACUAUCUCUUCCAGAAAGCCUAGAAAGCCAAGGAAUUCCCAGCCAAGAAAUCGACUCCCAAAGCUAACAGACAAUGAAUUGAGCAGUAUGAUGUGUAUCCAAGUAACAAAAGAGGGUCUUCGACUCAAAGAACCAGAGAUUACCUUCCCUUUCCCACUGUGGCUGGAUCAAAAAAACCAGGGGAAAGUAUCUGACCAAGUAACAGAAGAUCAGAUCUCCCCCUCGAAGGUUAGUCAAGGUAAUUGUCAAGAAGAGAGUGAGACAAACAGGAGUAAUGAAUCAGUCAAUUUCUCUGAUAGGAGAAAUUUGACAAGCAGUGGUUACUGCCUCUAG